AUGUCCAACAGCCUCGAGGCUAAGAUCGUGGUGCUCGGCAGCCAGGGCGUGGGCAAAACCUCGCUCGUCCACCGCUACGUCAAAAACGCCUUCACCCCGCCCACGACACAGUCGACCGUCGGCGCCUCCUUCCUAACAAAGAGAGUCGUCGACAUCGACACCUCCACCGUCGUCCGUCUGCAGAUAUGGGACACGGCAGGCCAGGAACGCUUCCGCUCCAUAUCCAAGCUAUACUACAGAGGUGCAAACGCGGCAGUCCUGUGUUAUGACAUCACGGAUCCUCAGUCUUUUGACGAAAUGGGCCGCUGGUUCAAGGAGCUCAAGACGAACCUUGGAGACGACGCCAUCCUCCACGUAGUAGGCACAAAAUCCGACAUCAUCGCCGCAGACCCCACAAAGCGCAAGGUCCCCUUUGAACGCUGCAUCGCCUAUGUUGCAGAGAACCUCUACCCCGCACAGACCGCACAACCGCACAAUGCUCAGCCAAACGGCUGGGGCUCCGUGCCUGCGACAUUCCAGAGUGGCUCCAUGGCUUCUCCUCAGAGCAACAGGUCUAGUGGCUUCUGGGGACAGGACCUCGGCUGGGACUGCUGUCACGAAAUAAGCGCAAAGGACGGCGAAGGCGUGGAUGAAGUCUUCCGAGUCAUCACUCGCAAGUUGGUUGAGCAGGAGCAGAAGAAGCUUGAAGAGGAGCAAAGACAACUGACCAUGGCCGGUGUCACUCCAGCCCUCGACAACAACGGCAACGUAACGGGAUACUUUGAUUAUCCUGGCGCUGCUAAUGGUAGUUUCCGCCUAGGCGCCGCCGAUAAGAGGCGAAGCUGGCUAGGCUUUCCCACUACGCCCGGUGCCACUGGCCACCAACAAGAGUGGGAAGAAGACAUCAACCGGGCACAAAAGAGUAAGAGUGGAAGGUGCUGCUGA